CGAUUUAUUUUCGAAAUCUGUUAGUAAUAAAAUUCAAUAAAACUGGCUUUGGGUUUUGUACCACGGCACCAAUAAAAAGAAAAAGAAUUAAUUGGCGAAAUAAUCGAUGAUGAUUGAUUCGUUGAUGAAGACAGAGUUCGUUGCGGGCCGUGUUGUUUAGCUCUCAUACCCCCGCGUGAAGCUUUCGUCAUCAUCGUCAUAAAAGUCCCCUCUCCCUACACGCUAUCUCAUCUCCCAUCUCUCUCUCUCUCUCUCUCCUCUAAUCUGGAGAUUUGUUCCAUUCCUCCAUCGAAAUCCCCAAAUCUUGCUUCCUAGAGGAGGAAACUUUUCUUUUUUUUGCGCGUGUCCCAUUCUCUUCUCCAUAGUUCUCUCGUUAAAGUCAAAAAAAAAAGAUGGAGGUCAAGUUGUGGAACGAUAAGCGCGAGAGAGAAAUGUACGAGAACUUCGCCGAGCUCUACGCCAUCAUCAAAGCCACCGAGAAGCUCGAGAAGGCUUACAUCCGCGACCUCAUCUCCCCUUCCGACUACGAGACCGAGUGCCAGAAGCUCAUCGUCCACUUCAAGACUCUCUCCGCAACGCUCAGGGACCUGGUGCCUAGCAUCGAGAGGUUCGCCGAGACGUACAAGAUGGACUGCUCCGCUGCUGUGUACCGGCUCGUGACCUCUGGUGUUCCGGCUACUGUGGAGCACCGAGCUGCUGCGAUGGCUUCUACUUCCAGCUCUGCUUCCGUUGUCGCCGAGUGUGUUCAGAACUUCAUCACUUCGAUGGAUUCUCUGAAGCUCAACAUGGUGGCGGUUGAUCAGGUGUAUCCGUUGCUGUCUGAUCUCUCUGCUUCGCUUCAGAAACUUAGCAUUUUGCCGCCGGAUUUUGAAGGGAAGAUUAAGAUGAAAGAGUGGCUUUCGAGGUUGUCUAAGAUGGGAGCUUCCGAUGAGCUCACUGAGCAGCAGGCUAGGCAGCUUCACUUUGAUCUCGAGUCUUCUUAUAACUCCUUCAUGGCUGCUUUGCCUAACGCUGGUAACUAACCCAAUGUGAUGAUGGUUGUGCUUGGUUACUUUUGUUUAGUUACUACUUUGGCUUUAGGAUAAUGAUUUUGGUUUUCAAGACUGUUUGCUGCUGCUACACACCCUGGAGAUGAAUGUUGUGUAAGACCUUUCUUUUCUUGUGUAAAAGAUCAUGCCAAACCAGAGCAUUGAUUUCUUUCUGAAUUGUAUGAAUCUAAACUCUACUUUGUUGCUCUUUUGGCUCUUUCUUGUUAAAAUGUUUGUUGUGUCUUUA